CACGCGUCUCCCGGGCUUUGCCUCUGCGUCUCCUCGUGUCUCCGGCUUUCUGGCUGUCUCCAUGAACCGUGUGGCUGCUCCCCUGGCGUCGCGAUCAGGUGAGGGCAGGCUCCACAGCGGGGGCAGCACCAGGUCCGAGCCCGCGACUGGUGGAGAUGGCGGAGCAGCGCUGGUGGAGGAUGAAGCUCACAAUGGCCUGAUUGGCUCCGGGGGAGCUGCCGGCGGGGAUGAUGACGGCGGUGACGAUGGCGGUGACGGUGGUGGUGAUGGCGGAGACCUGGCCGAGAAUGAAGCUAGGAGACGGCGAGUGGAGGCAAAGUGUGCAGAGUUGGCCGAGAUGAUGUGGGAGGAAGGGUGUGGACGUGAGGACAUAGAACUGAAGGUGUCUGCAUUCAGGAGGCUUCUGCUGAACAAGGAACUUGAAGCAUCGCAACGGAGACAGGCUGAAGAUGCCGUGCGGGCUUUGAGCAGGGGAGGGGAGGGGGAGGGACUAGAGGGGGAAGGGGAGGAGGGGGAGGAGAGGCAGAGCAGUGGGAGGGGGGUGGCGGUCGCCACGGAGAUGCGGGGCCCCCCUUGUAAUGGGGCCCAGGGCGAGCGGAGCGACCCAAGCGGCAGGAGACGGCACAGGAAGGGCGCCCGGAGGCGGCGCUCCAUAGGCAAGAAGAAGAGGAAGAGGAGUAGCAAAAAGAGAGACAAACGGCACCGAGAGAAGAGCGAGCGAGCGGAGGGUGGCGUGACAUCACCUAAGGCUGGUGACCUCCACACGACCUCUGCACUCUCCAGGCGCGAAGAUGCCACUGGGUCGCUUGACCAGCCGCGGAGUGAGUCACAUGACCAGCCGGGUCAAUGGGAGAGUGGUGCAGCAACGGCGGUGGUAGCCACUGCCCCCACCUCGUCGGUGGCCCCUGCCCCACCGGGCCGGGCUCACAAUGGCCGGCUCGCCACGCCGCGUGGGUCCCAGCUGGAGCCAUUGAGAGUGGUUGGGAACCAGCAGGGAUUGACGCUGGGGGGUGGGGCUGAGGGUGAGGGGGGUGAGGAAGGGGAGGGGCCGGACCCCCACCCCACGGACCUUGUCCCCUCGGACCCCGCGGCCGCCGUGAGCCCAGCAGGUGGAGGGACCCUGGCCGGGAUUGUCAACCGGGUUGUGCCACGGGGCUCCACUCCCCCGCGGGGCAGGGGCAGCCGUCGCAAGCGGCGCCGUGCAUCCCAGCGGGGGUCCCAGCAGCGGUCCCAGUGGGGGUCCCAACGGGGCUCUCAGCGGGGUUCCCAGCAGGGAUACCAACGGGGGUCUCACCAGGGAUCCCAGCGAGCCUCCCGGCCUGGUGGCUCCCGCUCUGUCUCGGGCUCCCGAUCCGGCUCCGGGUCACGCUUUAGCUCCGGCUCCCGGUCAGGCUCUGGCUCUCGCUCCCGCUCAUCUCCCCCGGCGCGGAAUAUCGCGCGGGAAUCGCGGGAGAGCCGCACGCGUAGCCGGAGCCGGAGUCGAAACCGGAGCAGGAGUCGGACCCGGAGCCGGAGUCGGAACCGGAGCCGAAGCCAGAGCCGGGCACGCUCUCCCACAACGACGAAUGCCAGCAAAACGAGGUCGCCCUCCUCCCCCGGCCGAAGGAGUUCAACGCGACGGGACCCAGCCCCUCGCGCAGGGGCACCCUAUAAUAGGCAGCAAGGUGGUGACCGCGAGCGACAGCAGCAGCCACCGCCGCCACAGCCACAGCCGGGCGGGGAGCGCCACCGGCGCCAGAGGAGGGGAGGCAGCUUCUCACCACUCCGCAAGCGGCGCAGAGACUCCCCUAGCCACCUGGAGCCCCGCAGGAUCACCAGUGCCCGCAAGCGACCGGUCCCCUACUACCGCCCAAGUCCUCCCAGCACCUCCUCAUCCUCCUCAUCGUCCUCCUCAUCUCCCUCUUCCUCAACCUCGUCACGGAGGAGUGGUCGGCACGGCAACCGCAGCAGGAGCAGCAGCAGCGGCAGCCGUGGCAACCGCAGCGGCAGUAGCAGCCAAACCCCGGCACGGAACACCCGCCGCAAAGCCCGGCAGCGCCGCCACCACCACCGGGGAGAGCAUAGCAGCAGUAGGGGUGGAAGCAGCGGUAGCAGUAGCAGGGGGAGCAGCAGGGGCAGUAGCAGGGGCAGCAGUAUCAGCAGCAGGAGGAGGAGGAGCAGCCUGACGUCGAGAAGCGAGUGGAGCGGAACUACUAAGUCGUGGAGCCGGAGCCGCGACCGGAGCCGGAGCCGGAUCCGGACCAGCAGCCGGGAGUCCUACAACAGCAGCGGGAGUGGCAUAGGUGGCCGCAGCUGGAGCCGGCCGAGGAGCCGGAGCGGUGGGAGCGACGGAGGGGUUGGGAAAACCCGGGCUGGAGCCAGGAAGCGCCGACCCGGAGCAGCCAAAUCAAAACGGCGCCCUGGGUCAGGGGCAGGUCGAGGACGUAAAAACCGGGCUGGAUCGAGCCCCAGCGCGAGCCCUGGCCUAAGUCGGAGCCGGAGCCGUAGCAGCAGGCGAGGGUCCCGGUCUGGAGCGACCGGAACGCGCAGUAGGAGCGGAAGCCUGGCCGGCGGUGUCGGUGGCAGUGGUGGCGGUGGUGGCAGAGGAAAGACCCGGGCCGGAGCCAGAAGGAGCAGCCGGAGCUGGAGCUGGGAGUCGGAGGGCAGUGCCACUGCCGGCGAGGCUCAGCCCCGGCCUGGAAACGAGCGGUUGCACCGUUGAGGAAGGGAGGUUCACGAUGGCCGGGUGGUGUGGGAGGCGACAUGGAAGGGAGAAGGCUGCUAUGGAUUGGCUGCUCCCCCAGAAGGUGGUGAGUGGGGGGGACAGAUGGAGGGAAGGAGGCUGCUGUACAUUGGCCACUCCCCUAGAAGCUGUUGUGGGGGGGGAUCGUGAGGAGGCGGUACCGAACGAGUGAGUGGGUGGUCUGUUACAGUGGAAGCGUCGUUACACGGUGGGAGGGGGUGGGGUGGUUGACGGGGGGUAAUCUUCACUUAGUAGCCAGGACACCUCACCCAAGUGAGACCGGUCCUGGUCUCAAAUCCUAGACAUUAAGUUCCCUAGUCAAUGAUGUGAGGCCUGGCUUCAAGUCACUGAUCCUGAGGUUUCCUGGUCUCAAAUGCUGGACAUUGAGGUCUCAAAGUCAAUUAUGUUGAGGCCUGAAUUCAAGUCACUGACCCUGAGGUUUUCUGGUCUCAAAUCCUAGACAUUGAGGUCUUGAGUCAAUGAUGUUGAGGCCUGGCUUCAAGUCACUGAUCCUCAGGUUUCCUGGUCUCAAAUCCUAGGCAUUGAGGUCGCAAGUCAAUGAUGUUGAGGCCUGGAUUCAAUUAACUGAUCCUGAGGUUUCCUGGUCUCAAAUCCUAGACAUUGAGGUCUCAAAUCCUAGACAUUGAGGUCACAAGUCAAUGAUGUUAAGGCCUGGCUUCAAGUCACUGAUCCUGACACCAAGUCUCGAACUCAAGGCACUGAACCGUAUCAAUAUUUAUUGUUAUUUAUGUAUGGUAUAUUUACUUAUUUAUUGUGUCAGGUUACCUUGAAAAAGGGUUGGCCUGAUUUUGUUGCACAAAGUGUGUGUUGGUUAUGCACAGCUCUGGUUUAUUUAUAAUUCGUGUUGCGUUUCCGUUUGUGCGUGUGUCUAUUUAAUGUGUGGGGAGCGGUGGCGCAGCAGUUAGCGCACUGCUGCGCCACUACGACACCCGAGUUCGAGUUCCAUUCCCGCUCAUGGCCACCACCAACACCAGUAGUG